AGGCGGAAAGUACAUCGAUCCUGUACAGCUCCUCGCACUCGGCACUGAAACAGUCACUAGCCAUUGGACCGUGAAAAACCCGUGACCUCAUUAGCAUACUGACGAAAACAUCAUGGCCGAUUGAGGCGGUGAAAGGCAGCCCGUCUGGAGUUUUAUUCUCUGUUUUAAUGAAAUAGCGGCCGGUUUAAAUCCCUCUGACAACCCAGAAUGGUUUUCGAAUCUCUUGUUGUGGAACUUAUUAACAAGUUCGUUGGAGAUUAUGUGGAGAACUUGGAUGCAUCGCAACUCAAGUUGGGCAUUUGGGGCGGAGAUGCUGUGUUGCAGAACCUGGACCUCAAGCAGAGUGCCCUGGAUGACCUGGACCUGCCUGUCAAGAUCAAAGCUGGUCACGUGGGAAAGCUGACACUAAAAAUUCCCUGGAAGAAUUUGUACACAGAGCCGGUGAUAGCUCAGCUGGAUGGAAUCUAUGCAUUGGCUGUUCCCAAUGCAGGCAUCAAGUACAAUGAGGAGAAAGAGGAGAAGGCGAAGCAGGAGGCGAAACAGAAGAAGCUGAAGCAGAUAGAUGAGAGGAAGAAGGCCGAGGCUGAGAAGGACAAACCAAAGGAAGAAAAGCCAGACACCUUUGUGGAGAAAAUGGCAACUCAGGUGAUCAAAAACCUGCAGAUAAAGGUGAACAACAUCCAUGUGAGGUAUGAGGACCGCUUUACAAACCCCAAGCGUCCAUUUGCUGUCGGUGUCACUCUCCAGGAACUGCUGUUCCAGACCACAGAUGAGUCUUGGCAACCAUGUGUCAUCAAAGAUGCUGUGACGCAAAUCUUCAAGCUGAUCCGCCUGGACUCACUGGGGGUGUACUGGGACAGCUGUGCCAAGAUGUACGCCGACCUCCCGAAGGAGGACAUUAUGAAUACCCUGAAGUCCAAUAUUGCUGCUCAGAAUGCCCACACAGAUUACCAGUACUUGAUCAAGCCCAUAUCGUCUGUAGCACAUCUCAAGCUCAAUCCCAAGCCAGAAAAGAACCAGUUCAGUCUUCCGAAGAUCUUCAUGACAAUAGUGUUUGACAACAUUGCAGUAGCUCUCUCCAAGCUACAGUAUGACGACCUGUUGGAGAUGUUGGAGGCGUUUGAGAGGACAGCGUUGUUGGGCCUGUAUCGCAAAUACAAACCGGAUGUGCCACUACACAAGAAUGCCAAGGCCUGGUGGCACUAUGCCUACAAUGCUGUCCUGGAGGAGACAGUUCGACGGCGCCGACGGAUGUUCUCCUGGUCUCAUAUCAGUCGACACAGACUGGCAAUGAAGCGAUACAGAGAGGCAUACGUGAAGAAGCUGGACAAGGGGAAGGCAUCUGGAGAUGUUCAGAAGACAAUUGAUGAAUGUGAGAAGUUAUUGGAUGUGUUCAGCAUCACCCUGAUGAGGCAGCAGGCUGAAGUAGAGGCUGCCAAGCUGGGUGCUAAACGCAAGGAGGAACAGGGAACUGGUUGGUUUGGUGGCUGGUUUGGAGGAAAGAAGAAGAAAGCAACUGAAAAGUCUGGAAAUGAUAUCCAGGAGAAGUUCUAUGAGCAGUUCACUCUGGAUGAGAAGAACAAGCUGUAUGGAGCUAUAGGCUAUGAGGAGAUUGAGUUACAUUGCAGUCAUGUGUACGUGUUCAGUAAUCUGUCUAUCUUGUCAUUCCAGUACAUUGCAGUCCGACUGGUCACUAAGCUGAACAAUGUCUCCGUUUCUCUCAGGGAUCCAGGAAAAAAAGACCCCCAGUUGCUGCGGCUACAGCUCAAGGAUGUGUUCACAUCAGUAGGGCAACGACCAGCAGCUAGUGCUGUAAGUGUGGAAGCCAAGAUAGACCGACUGAGUGUGUUUGGAACCCCCCAGAACAACGCCACGCCUAAGAUGGUUACAUCUCUCGUACAGGAUGCUGAUCAAGUGUACUCUCUCCUCUCCAUCAACCUGGAGACCAACCCUCUGGACGGUCUGGCUGACACCCGGGUUAAAGUGUCUUCCAGACCUCUAGAGAUAGCAUACGAUGCUAUUACUGUGAAUCAGCUCGGCGACUUUUUUAAGCCUCCCAAGUCUGUGCAGUUGAAGCAACUCUCUCAAGCGGCUAUGGCGAAGUUUGAUGAAGUUAAAGAGCAGUCGGCAACAGGCCUACAGCACUCGAUAGAACAACACAAGUACACUGAAAUCAGUGUAGAUCUCAUGUCCUCGUACGUCCUGGUGCCAGAGGGAGGUCUCAUGAAGAAAGGUGUGAAAAUGCUUCUUCUCGACCUCGGUAGCCUCAAGGUUUCAAGUGAGAAGAACCAGUCUCAGCAGAUCAAGGGCAAGAUGGACAGUCUGGAGGAGGUGAUGGCCAGAGCAUAUGACAAGUUCAACAUUCAGCUUGCCCGUCUACAGCUGCUGUUCAUUCAUCCAGGUGAGGACUGGCACAAGGCCCGCUGGGUGGGACAGUCAGACAUGCACAUCCUCCGACCCAUAUCCAUCAACAUCAACCUGCAGAAGUGUAUGUUCGACAAGGACCAUAGGAUGGCUAAGAUGAAGGUGGCUGGUGAGUUACCUCUGCUGGGUUUGAGCAUCUCCGACUACCGACUGCAGGAGAUUAUGGCCCUCACAGAGAGCAUCCCCACCCCAGGCGGAGGAGCAGGAGAAGAGGAACCUCCAGAUGAAGUAGAAGACCUGUUCAAGGGUCCCAGCACAAUGGUGUCAGUGGCAGGGGACGAGGGAGCCCUACUCAACAAAGUCUCCAAAAUACAGGUGCAACAAGGGGACAAGCCUGCAGAGAAGGCGCUACAGAGGACAACCUCCCAGGAAUUCGUCAACGCGACGGACAUGGAACUCAAGUUUGAAAUCAAGGAGAUUGUGAUCAACGUGUCACAGAAGGAAGGGCCGACUGAGGUGCCACUUCUGAAACUGGUGAUUGAGUCGGUGGGCACCCAGGUGAAGAUGAGGACGUUUGACAUGGUAGUGGAGGCCUAUGUGGGCUGCCUCUACCUGCAACACCUCAAGUUCCAAGCCUCUGACACCAUGGCCCAACAACUUGCUAAAGUCCGAGCGGUCAACGAUGGCUCACUCAUCAACAUCAUCAACACACCGAGCGACCCCAGCAUCGGAAAGCUGCUCAUGGUACAGUACGUCAAGGCCAACAAGGAGGGACCUGAGUUCCUGACAACGUACAAGAACACAGAACAGGCCAUCACAGUUGUCUUCUCCGGCCUUGAGCUGCUGCUGCAUCAGGGAGCCAUUAUCAGUCUCCUUGAGUUCGCACAAAAACUCCAGCCACCAUCCUCCACUCCAAGCCAGAAGGAGAAGGAGAAGAAGGAACAGGAGAAGAAAGAACAGGAGAAGAAGGAACAGGAGAAGAAAGAACAGGAGAAGACCAAGGAAAAGAAGCCCCCAAGAAAAAAGAAGGGCAAGCCAGAAGAUCCAAACACGAUUGACAUCCUGGUCAAUGCUGAGAUGAAAUCAUUUGCUGUUGCCAUCUCAUCAGAUGAGAAGCUUCUAACAGACAUCAAGAUCAAAGGUAUUGAUGCCAAGGUUGCAGUACAGAAAGCUCAAACCACUGUGGCAGCAGUGCUGAAGGACAUGACGAUCUAUGACCCUACACCUGACACGCUGUACCCUAAGAUUCUUGGUAUUGAGGGGUCUGAGGUACUGAAGCUGGACGUUGUUGCCUAUAACAACGGCACUGCUGGUGACAAGUAUGGCGACAUGUCAUGUAUGGACACCAAGGUAGAUGUUGCCUUGGGCUGCAUCCGACUGGCCUUCCUCAACAGAUACGUCACAGACCUGCUGGCUUUCCUGGACAACUUCCAAGCUGCCAAGGCUAAAAUAGCGGAGGCAGGAGAAGCUAUGGCGGAGUAUUCUGCGGAGGCAGUGCAGAGUUUACAGGAGACAGCUUCCCGCAUCGGCCUGAAGAUCGCCAUGAAGGCCCCCCUCAUCAUUGUCCCCCAGAAGUCCACAUCCAACAGCGUCCUCAUGGCGGAUCUCGGGAAUCUUGAGAUCACCAACUCCUUCCACCUUGAGGGGAAGAACUCCCCCAACAAUGUCCCAGCUGUGUUAGACAAGAUGAACAUUGUGCUCAACUCACUCAAACUGUCAAGGGCUGUUCUUGCCAAAACUGGGCAGGUUCAGGCUGAAGUGCUGCUGUUGGAACCUGUCACCAUAUCUGUGUUUGUGAACCGCAACCUCUCUGCUGCCUGGUACCACGACAAGCCAGACAUAGACCUGGGUGGCACGCUGGAGGCACUCACAGUGAAGCUGAGCCAAGGAGACUUCACCAUGACGAUGAGCGUACUGAAUGAUAACCUGUCAGAGGGACAGAGCCAGGCUGCAUCCAAGACUGAAGUACCUGCUGUGGAGCCAGCCGUUCAGGCAUCUCAGACCAGCACUACAGCAGCUGCCCCAGGAAGUGCCCCACAGACUCAGGCCACCACCGAGACCCCUACACAGCUGGUGUACACCAAGAUGAAGUUCAACUUCCAGAUCAAGUCUAUCUCCCUCACUUUGUACUCAGGAGAGUCCAAGCUGACCACCGGUGUGUGUCAGCGCGAGGCCAUCAAGGCCCUCGGCAAGGUGGCACUGAUGAUGUUUGCCCUGGAUGGCAGCAUGAUGUCCGACACUUCCAUGGUUACCAAGGUGAUCCUCCGAGACACCAUAUUGGACGACCUGCGACCACAGAGUCAGAAGGGCAUAUCAAGGCUCUUGCGGAUGAUACAGAGAAGUACGACGUCCCAGACGGUAUCACACACCGCCAACAUGAUUGACGUCAACUUCACACAGAACGCCACUCAGGAUAAGAACAUUGAUGUGAAGAUGAGCAGCCUCCAUGUGUGUGUGUGUGUGGAGUUCCUCAUGACUCUGGGCGACUUCUUCACCAAGGGCAUGCCUGCCCCGCCUGCCCCGCCUGCUGGGUCGGCCACCACUACAGACAUACAGAAAGCACCUUCAACAACGGCUGCAGCUCCGACAGCCCCAGCUGCUCCAGCCAAGCCGGUGCCACCAACUAGUGAAAUGACUAUCACACUGGAGAUAGAGAAACCCGACAUUAUCUUGGUGGAAGACCAGAAGAACACAAACAGCAACGCCCUGAUGCUGAAUCUGGGCCUGAUGUUCAAGCUACGCAACACCCCAGAUGUCCAGUCUAUGCAGGCCAACAUCAAGAGACUCCAGAUCAUCUCCUGUGUUUUCAGCAAGAGAGACAAGCCACUGACAGAGGUGCUGCAGCCGUGUGACAUCUCCUUCAUUAGCAGUGCGCCCUAUGGGAAGGAUCACCAUAUGGAUAUCAAUAUCACUGACUUAGUUCUCAACAUCUCUCCAGCCAUCAUCUCAACCAUGGCUGCUAUAUCCGCAGGAUUUGCCACCAAACCCGCAGAGGAAGAAGGCCCAACCAGAGAGCCGGUACCCGCUGCACUGUGGACGGUAAAGAAGGUGGAAGAGUGCAACUUCUGGUACCUCAAGUCCAUUGAGGAAGGUCUUGCACCAGAAGUGACAGAACCUGCCCUGACAAACGGAGAGGUUGCCGAGGAGGUCGGCAUGCCACGUGGAGAACAGUUGAUCCUGAAUUUGCCAUCCCUUGUGAUCAAGCUUGAAGGGGGUGUCGGCCAUAGGACGGUGCCGCUACUGAUUGUUGAGUCAUCAUUCCAGGCUGAAGUCCGUGACUGGAGCUCAAAGCUGUUGGUGGACAGCUCACUGCAGCUUGAGGUUGCAUAUUACAAUGAGAAGCUGGCUGUGUGGGAGCCGUUGGUAGAGCCCUUCCUGGAGGAUGGGAAGCUUCGCCGCUGGGAGCUGGGACUUGAGGUGGUGCAGAACGAUGACCUUCCCCCGUUGCCUCCAGAGGAUGCUGAAGACGCCGUGGUGAUGCCGCUGCCCAAGAUGAGCGUUAGCAUCAAGUCUACUGAUGCCAUGCAGCUCACCAUGUCCAAGGCCUGCCUGGAGGUGCUCACCAACCUGGGCAAGGCCUUCAAUGAUGCUUACAACUUGGUGGAGCCAUCAACUGCAAUUGGGGAAGUCCUCACUCCCUACGUCAUAGAGAACUACACCGGCAUGGACAUUGUACUCAAGCUGGACACGUCCUUUGAGACUCCGACCCAUGCAGUCAGUGGGCGUGUCAAGCUCCAGUCUUUGAAGAAGCUGCCCCUGUCAGAGAAGAUCGUUGCCCAGGCAUCCACGAAGGCAUCUGUCAUCAAGGCGACGCAGGAGGGUGUGGAGAGAAAGAUCAUCUUCCUGGUGGAGGAGUUUGGAGCUACUCGAGAAGUGACCAUCAAGAGGGCCGAGAAACGCAUGUUCCAGAUCAACAAGGUGUCUCACAGUGGAGACAAGUGGGCCAUCGUCGCCAACACACAGGCGCAUGUCGGGCAGAAGAUAGUGGCCCUGCAGUCACUCAUACAGGUAAAGAAUCACUUGGACCAAGCAGUGGAGGUGUACUACCGGGGGGAUACACGAACUGACAGCUGUGGAGUGACCCCUCCUGGUGGCAUCUUCAACAUCCCGCUGCAUGCUGUCUACUCCUCAUCCAGUGAACUCUUCUUCCGACCUGUGGAAGGAUACGACAUGUGUAAGGAAGCGUUCCGGUGGCGGGCUGCAGAGAAUGGCGGAAUCAAGCAGUGUGCGUGCCCGAGUCGACAGAGUGGAUACUCAGCCUUCUACUUCAAUGUGAGCACUGAGGUGGAGAACAUCUUCUUUGAGGCAGGCGAGGAGCCUUCAGCCAAGAGCUACGUCCUACACCUGUACCCUACAGUCAUUCUUCACAACCUGCUGCCCUUCCCCAUCACUUAUAUGCUGGAGGGGAUGUCGGAGCAGCAGACCCUACAGAAGGGGGAGAACAUCCCCCUCCUCCAUGCCAGUGUCAACGAGUCAAACCUGGAAAUAUCACCACGCCUGGACAUUGUGAUCCCGGACUAUCAGGGCAAGGAGUGGAUCGGCCGCAGGACCCUCCAAAAGAAUGUCCCCGAGCUGUCUGUAUGGAACUCCGAGAGCCAUGAUGGAACCACGAAAACUGCCAUGGAUCUAGGUCUGCACUGCAAGGUGAACGAGGGCAGCUUCGACGUCACGCUGUACAGCCCGUACUGGAUGCUGAACAAGACUGGACAGUCCCUCUGCUACUAAGGUUCCGAUGCUGAUGUUGUUCUAGACCACCCGGCCGACCUCGAGGAUGUUGUCCUGUUCUCCUUCAAGGCCAAGACUCUCUUCGGUACCAAGAAGAAGGAGAAGGAGAAGGACGGCACGCUGGAGAGGAAGGGCAAGGUGAAAGAGAUGAAGCAGAGUGGUAAAGACAACAAGGAGGAGAAGUCUAAGUGUCCUGAGGCCAGACAGGCCCAGCUGAAGAUCGGUGACACGGAGUGGUCAGACAAGUUCUCCCUGGACACAGUGGGCAGCUCCGGCACUGUGCAGUGUAAGAGCAACAAGAGAGUGUUUGAGAUGGGUGUGAAGAUCAGCCUCACAUCUUCUGGUCUCACCAAGAUCGUCACGUUCACACCGUUCUACAUGUUGCUCAACACUGCCGAGUAUUCCAUCAUGUGUACCGAGUGUACAGACACAGAGUCCUGGGUGGAGGUCGUUCCUGGCAAGUGUCUUCCAUUCUGGCCGGAGCAGUCGGGGAAGGAGAUGACCAUGAAAGCCAAGGUGAAGGACAGUAACGAAAGCACAGACAUGUUCCUCAUCAACAAGGCUCAUACCUCACUCAUGCGACUCAACAAUGAGUAUGGCGGUAUCAACACAGAAUGCCAGGUGACUGAGAGUGCCAUGGUGACCACCUUCAAGGCCUACAAGUCGGGCAUGGCCUCUGUACAGAUUGUCAACUUCACAGACAAGUGUUCACUCACCUUCUUCCAGAGCGGUGUGAAGAACAGUGUACAUGAACUGGGCCCCAACCAGACCCAGCUGUAUACCUGGGAAAAUGCUCUGGGCAAGAGGGAGCUGGUCUACACUUGUGGAAACAAGAAGGACGUCAAGAAUGAUCUUACUCAGACGAGGCCGCGCAACUGUUCUGGGAUCAUCUGGGAGGAGAAGCGGAAGCGUUACAAGGCCAUCAAGAUGAAGGAUGGCAUGGUCCUGGAGAUGGCCUACCAGAGGUUCCUGGGCGAGAUGGCUGUAGGCAAGAGUCCUAAUGGAAGGAUGGUACUGGAGAACAAGUUUGAUGUGGACUUCAGCAACAAAGAUAAGAUGAUGAUGUUUAAGCCCAACAAGCGCGAGAUCCGGCGGAGCUUUGUAGAUGGAAUCUGGCUGCAGUACAAGACGUCGGCCCACCAGCUGCAGUUCCAUGCCAAGAUCAACCGGCUGCAGCUGGACAGCCAGCUGAAGGGAGCCGUGUUCCCCACCAUACUGGCACCAAUACCUCCUCCCAAGUCUGUAGCUGCGGAGAGUGUGCCCAAACCUUUCACCGAGAUCAGUUUGAUGCAGAGGAAAAACGAGCACAGCAACAUUGCACAGAUCAAGUACGCCAAGGUGCUCAUCCAGGAGUUUGCUGUGAAGGUGGACCAGGGAUUCCUCAAUGCCCUACUGGAGCUGUUCGCCUCCGGGGAGCCAGUGUCAAGGGAGCAGGAGACAAAGGAGUUUGAGGCAGAUUUGAAAAAGACUGAUGCAAAGUUGAUGGAUGUGGUAGGCCUCUCUCUGGCCGAGGAGCAGAAGAACUUCUAUGACUACCUCCACCUCUCCCCAAUCAAGAUACACCUGAGCUUCUCGCUGCAAGGCAGCGGUGGCGGUGACGACAGCGGGAAGCCCACACAGCUGCACUCCAAUGUCCUCAACAUCUUCAUGCAGAGUGUGGGAGUGGUGCUCACGGAUGUCCAGGAUGUGGUCUUCAAACUGGGGUACUUCGAGCGCACCCACACCUUCUACAACCAGAGCCAACUGGUAGGCGAGAUGACUCGACACUAUGCCGGACAGGCUAUCAAGCAGAUGUACGUGCUGGUGCUGGGGCUGGACGUGCUAGGCAACCCCUUCGGCCUCCUCCGAGGGCUGUCCGAGGGAGCAGUGGAUCUCUUCUAUGAACCCUGUCAGGGAGCUAUCCAAGGGCCCGAGGAGUUCGCUGAGGGCCUGGCGCUUGGUGUACGCAGUCUGUUCGGACAUGCUGUUGGUGGUGCGGCAGGAGCUGUGUCCCGGAUCACAGGGACGCUGGGUAAGGGCGUUGCAGCCCUAACUCUGGAUGACGACUACCAGAAGAAGAGGCGAGAGCAGCUCAACAAGCGACCAGCCAAUGCCAGGGAGGGCUUUGCUCGUGGAGGGAAGGGCUUAGUUAUGGGUGUAUUUGACGGUGUGACCGGCAUUGUCAGGAAACCUCUCGAGGGUGCUCAAGAAGAGGGAGCCAAGGGCUUCUUUAAAGGUAUUGGCAAGGGCCUGGUUGGGGUUGUGACAAGACCAACAAGUGGAGUCAUUGAUUUCGCCAGCAGUUCAUUUGAGGGAAUCAGAAGGAUUGCUGAAAUGUCUGAUGAGGUACGCCGACUUCGCCCACCCCGCCGCUUCCACAGCGACAAGGUGAUCCGCCCGUACAACCACCAGGAGGCAGAGGGCUACGCCAUCCUGCAGGAAACCGAGAAGGGGAAAUAUGCUGCCGCAGACGAGUACAUGGCCCACGUCGUCAUCAGUAAAGAUGGGAAGCUUGUGUUCCUGGUACUGGACAAGCGAAUUCUACUUGCUAAGAGAGGUGAGAUCUUCGGUUCCUGGGACUGUGAAUGGACGUACACAUGGCCUGAUCUGAAGGAGGGGCCCAAGAAGACUGCACGAGGCAUCGAUAUCAUCCUGAAGGAAAAGGAGAAGAAGAAGUUUUUCGGCAGCAGUUCCUCCAAGAAGGAAGUGCCUAUUGCUGACCCUGCCACUGUUGAGCGAAUCAUCACAAAGAUUGAAGAGGCUAUGGCCAGAUUCAAGUAAUGGACAUUGGAGCCCUCCUGCCUCCAGGUCGGGUACAUCCAGGCUGGCCAGGCGGCCAUUACACUCAUCAAUGUCUUCAUCAAGUGCUGACUGACCUCUGUGUCUGGAAGGUUGUGUCUACGUAUCCAUGACAACAGGGACGGAGAUGAUCAUGUGAAAUCCAUGUGAUGAAACAAAAAUAGGAAGAAUUGACGUCUUCAUGGUUUGGUCCCACUUUGAUUACAGAAUAUAUAUAUAUAUAUAUAUAUAUCAAUAAAUUAUACUGACACAUCAGGGUAAUGCUAAUCCCUAGUGCUAUCUAGUUCUGCUGAGUCGUGCUAAUUACCCCUUGUUUGAGCCAGCCUAGCUUGUCGGCCCCAUCCUCCUGUUGUAAUGGGAUAUCAGUGAAGGUUAUGGAAGCCUAGCUUGUCUGCCCCAUCCUCCUGUUGUAAUGGGAUAUCAGUGAAGGUUAUGGAAGCCAGGAAUGUUUCAGUUGGUGGUUGUUUCUGACUUCAGCAGUCAGGGAGUCAGACUGCUAGCCAUUGUUCAGUUGCAGUGUUAGGGACACACGCUAGCAUGUGUUGUAGAAUAUUCCUGUGGUAACCCCGACAGUGCCCAGUGUUAGGUGGACAACUUGCACAUCAACUGACGUUGCCUGUCUUUUUAACUUACAACACUGUUAAAUAAUAUAAUGUAUAUUGCAUUGAUUGAAUGUAGUGGACAUGAUUCAAUAGUUGAUAUCAUAUACCUGUGUUAUUGCCUUAUAUAACCACCCCAGCAAUAGCGUGUUGUGCUGUAUCUCCCUGUGUUCUGCUUCACCGAUGGUGCUAUUUGUUUGCUUGUCUCCGUUCUAGUCUGUACCAGGGUCACAUACUGUCAUAUCUCCAUACCAACUCUGCUGUCAUUUAUUCCGCGGUUUAUUGUGUGACAAGCAGUUUCAGGCAUGUAUCAAAUAUAUGUUCUUCUAUUUGGGGUGUUAAUAAUUUAGUAAAUAUUUGUACAUGAGUGAUAAUGUACACAAAAUAUUAUAUGGCCAUGUUAAUGAUUUUGCUGAUAUUUGUCAAUAUGCAAGCUGCUGAACACUGGCUGGCCUGGGAACCAGUGUGAGGUUCCAUGUUCCACCCAAUUGUUCCACCAUCAGUAUUUCCGAGGGUAUCUGGGAGCCUUGAUAGGCUGGCUGUAGCAGCCUGAUUCACCAGUGUUGUGGGGGGGUAGGUCACAGCUCGGUUCUGGGAGAGCCUGCACCAAGUGUAGCUAUGCAGACCAAGCAGUGCCCAGACUGUUGUGUGUGUGUGUGUGUGUCGUCUUCUACUCUCUGUAUUCGUGGCAGGGUAUUAGCUGAAGAACAUCCAAACACUGUCUAUACACUGUGAUGUUAUUUAAUUUCUUUUGAUAUAAUCCAAGUUUUAUGACUUUUGUUGUACGAUUCUGUAUAUUUUAGUGUAACUGGUUUCUGGAGUUUUAUUUUCCUUUGUUGUGAUUUUAUAGUUCGAUGCUUUUGAAGGCAGCAUAUUUCCAGACACUGUGUGAGGCCCCUGCUUGUGUGUGACAUGGUAGGCUCCUGUUCCAGUCUGUAUUUCAGCUACAGGAGACAGUGGUACAGCUGCAUGUUUCUCCAAGCCUGUCAUAUACUCGAUACAAGUAUUAUUUUUUGUUUUGAAAGAUUAUUUUAUGGGUAAGGUUCAAUAUCAUAAUGCAACAAUAUGCUUCCAAUUUGCAGACAUGGGAUAGUUCUUGUUUCUAAAAUGGAUGAUGAAAUGCCAAUCUGCUAUGCUUUCUGAAAUUGUUUUUUUCCCUCCUUUUAUUUGUUGUUUUAUUUUAUAGGCUUUAAUGGUUUCCAGUUUUAAAUGUGUGGGGAGGAUGCUUCCUUUAGGCAAAAGCUUACCUUGUGUCAGUUGAUCUCAUUUCUAGCUGUCACAAAUAUGGACCCAGCUCGUCCCCUUCAUGUGAAUGUUCAUUUCCUUACCUCUCUGUGGCUUCCCAGGGAGUAAGCCCGUUUUAGUCUAGUCAAGGUAUUUACCACGUCAGCGUCUGCUGCCUGCAGCAUGCCUUAAAGUUCAACUUAAGAUUGCAUAUUUCUUCAUAUCGCCUAAAGGGAUUUCUGAGUAAUACCUUGUCUUUCAACUUUCCUGUAAACUUUUCUAUUUUUUCUAUGUGUAGUAACUUACAAAUGAGUGUGAGCUUGUAUUGCGUGUUGCCCCGAACACAGUUGGCUCCAUAGUGCUGUCUGCUGCAGCACUAGCCCUGUGGCUCUGUUCGGGCAACAUCAUAGUCUGUACUAACUUGCUGUAUUAUGUGAAGCAUCUUACUGUAGAGUAGGCGGCUGUGUGGGGACAGGGAGACACCUGGUGGCGGUGGCUGUAGUGGACUGUAGUAGACGCUUGGGAGACAACCCAUGGUGUCAUCACACACACCUGACCGUGCAAUGUGUAGUAGGUAGUAGAAUGAAUGUAUUUUAAUUGAUGCCAGCCAUUUUGAAUAAAACUGUAAAAUGUGA